AUGGCUACCAAGAGAGAAAUUGAUGAUCAGGAGAGCGAUGCACCUGAGCCGCAGACGAAACGCGCAAAGACGCAUAGCUCCAAAACGCGACAACACCAGAACUCGGGCAUUGAUCCGACGUGGGGGCAGAAAUAUGUCUUCUCCGGCAGUAAAGACGCCACUACCAUUCCAGAAGGAGAAGAGUCGGAGUUCGAGGACGAUUCUGACGCCAUGGCAUACUUGAUGUCUGUAAGACAAGAAGCUUCCUCUAUUCCCCAUCUCCUGGUCGCUCCAAAAGUCCAGAUUGGCCCCCAACUUCCGCCAGAAUUCGAUGUAGAAGGCGCCGGCGACGACUCCGAUGCAGAAGAGGGUGAAGUCGCCCAAAGCUUCGAUGCUAACGACGCCCUUGCCGCACCUGAUUCCAAGGGAUUUUAUGAAGAUGGCGCCUAUAUAGGGAUAUCAGAAGGCUGGGGAGACGACGAUAUCGGGCAAGACGAGGAGCCUAAUGAAGAGGACCCUGAGGUUGUUCAGAAGGCACUUAAUGAAGCAUAUUUUGCUUCCAUACUGGGGCAGUACCGUCGAACUCGCAAAGUACUUCACUCAAGACUGCCUGAUAAUGCUGCCAGCCGGCUGUCCAGUUCCCAGGCUACAGAAGCAGCUCCCUUUGGACGCCAUUCUCCUACCACUAGGCUGUGGACCCGGCUCCUACAAACUACCGACCCUCAUCCUAUCCAGGUGGCACUCAUGUCAAAAGACACCAUCAUUCGGAUUUUGCGUGUAAUGAUAGGCGGCAAAUUUCUUCGUAGUGGACACAGCAUCCCUCAGAGGACUAGUCAAUGGCUCUGGGCCUUGCUUGCCAGGCUGCCUGAACUGGGGGAGCUCAACCACACAGAAGUUGGCUGGAUACGUGACUUGGGCCGACGAGCAGUGCUUCUGGGAAGAAGUCUAGCAGAGAUGGCGGCCCUGCGAGACGAACUUGCAGACGAUGGAUUUGGCGUGAACGAUAAUGUCGAUGCCAGCAGCAGUGACGAAGAAGUGGUGGCAGAGGCUGUUGAAGAAGAAGACGAUGGUGAUGAAGACCACGACAUUCUUCCUACAUCUGAAAACAAGACAAAUGUCACGAAUGGGAUCCUGAACUCAUCUUUUCCAAUUCCUAAUGCUAUCCCUGAAGAUGAAAGCGGGGUGCCAAUUGGAAAUGAUAACGAUGAUGCAGAUGAUGGAGAGAUCAAGCAGACCAAUGACGAUAGCGAGGAUGAGGACGUGGCUAUGGAUAUCGCCUCCGAUUCUGAAGCUGACGAGGGUGAGAUAGUCGAGCAAAACGACGAUGCCGCAGCUCUAGAGGAAGCGAAGCGCAAUCUUCUAGCCAGACUGGCCGAAAGCGAGAACGAACGUCGUCAGGAAGAGGAAGAAAGGGAUGCGAGGAUGAACAUGAGAGCAACCCUUACCAUGAUCCUCACAGUUGCUGGUGAAUUUUAUGGCCAGCGAGAUCUCCUCGAAUUCCGAGGGCCAUUUGUUGGCAUGUGA